GUUGGUCGGCUUUAUCUGGAGAAACAGACUUCCUGCUGCUCAGAUGGACGGAGGCUCAGCAGGUUCUGACCCGUUACAGAGGAAACCAGUAAACUCUGCAGCUCCAGAAAUAUGUGAAGAAUAAAUCCUGAAAUAAUCCACAGGUCAAAGUUCAGCUCCACCAGCUGUACCAACCCUGCCGACCCGACAGUGACGGAGGAAGGGAACAGCGAGGGAACAGUGAGGGAAUGGUGAGGGAAUGGCGAGGGAACAGUGAGGGAACGGCGAGGGAACGGCGAGGGAACGGUGAGGGAACCUCCACCCUCUUCUCCUUCCACAUGCUCCAGUUCUCCUUGCGGUCCAGGAACGUCUUCAUGAACUGCAGCUCUGCAUCAAGGAGGGGAAACGGCUGCAACCCGAAAUGCAACAGAUCACAGAGACGCAGGUCCACCGGGUCCAGAUACAGAACCACGGCUCACAUCAGCAAGACCAACCGUAUCACCAUGGCGAAGGUAGCGCCGCUAAUCCCUGGCCCUUCAUCUGGGUUAAACCCUCCCAGCAUCGUGCUGCAGGACAUGGAGGAGGGGGCGGAGCCAGGUGACAUCACACAGGGGCUCAGAAGAUCCCAAAGAGGCGGAGCAGGAGCUCUGUUCAACAUCAACAACAGCAACAACAACGAGGAAGAGGAGGAGGAGGAGAAGAAGAGGAAAAAGAAAGAGAAGAAAGAGAAAAAGGAGAAAAGAGAAAAGGAAAAGCAGGAGAAAAAGGAAAGGAAGGAGCAGAAACAGAAGGAGAAGGAAGAAAAAGAGAAGGAGAAACAGAAAGAGAAGGAGAAGCUGGAGAAAGAGAAGAAGGCCAAAGAGGAGGCGGCGAAAGAGAUCACAGUGAUCGAUCCAGCUGGGAACACGUACUACAACUGGCUCUUCAUCGUCACCAUCCCAGUCAUGUACAACUGGACCCUGAUCAUAGCCAGGGCUUGUUUUGAGGAGCUUCAGACUGACUACCUGAUCAUGUGGUUCAUUGUGGACUUUAUCUGUGACGUCAUUUAUAUCAUGGACAUGGUUUUCAGAACCAGAACAGGUUACCUGGAGCAGGGUUUACUGGUGAAAGAUGAGCAGAAACUACGUGAACGUUACAUGAAAACUUUCCAGUUCAAACUGGAUUUGGUCUCCAUGAUUCCCACCGACAUCCUGUACCUGAUUCUUGGUAUCACCUACCCUGAGAUCCGCCUCAACAAGCUUCUAAGAUUCAACAGGAUGAUGGAGUUCUUCCAGCGCACUGAGACCAGAACCAAUUACCCCAAUGCUCUACGUAUCUCCAACCUUGUCAUGUAUAUUCUCAUCAUCAUCCACUGGAAUGCCUGCCUCUACUAUUCCUUCUCCAAAGCCAUCGGUUUUGGUUCUGACAGGUUCGUGUAUCCUGACCCGACAGAUCCUGAGUUUGGCCGUCUGGUGAGGAAGUACGCUUACAGUAUGUACUGGUCCACGCUAACGCUCACCACCAUUGGAGAAACGCCGCCCCCUGUGGAGAACUCGGAGUACUUCUUCGUUGUGACGGACUUCCUGGUGGGUGUGCUGAUUUUUGCCACCAUUGUCGGUAACGUUGGCUCGAUGAUCACUAACAUGAAUGCUGCCAGAGCCGACUUCCAGGCCCGGAUCGACGCCAUCAAGCAGUACAUGAGUUUCCGAAAGGUAACUAAAGACCUGGAAAAGCGAGUGAUCAAGUGGUUUGACUUCCUGUGGACCAAUAAGAAGGCUGUGGAUGAGAGAGAUGUUCUGAAGUACCUUCCUGACAAGCUAAGGGCUGAGAUCGCCAUCAACGUACAUCUGGACACCCUGAAGAAGGUCCGGAUCUUUGCGGACUGCGAGGCUGGUCUGUUGGUGGAGCUGGUGCUGAAGCUGCAGCCGCAGGUCUUCAGUCCAGGAGAUUACAUCUGCAAGAAGGGAGACAUCGGCAGGGAGAUGUACAUCAUCAAGGAAGGGAAACUGGCUGUGGUUGCUGAUGAUGGCAUCAAACAGUUUGUUGUUCUAAGUGAAGGAAGUUACUUUGGGGAGAUCAGUAUCCUGGCUAUCAAAGGUAGUAAGGCAGGAAACAGGAGGACAGCUAACAUCAGGAGCAUCGGGUACUCCGACCUCUUCUGUCUUUCCAAAGACGACCUGAUGGAGGCGCUAACAGAGUAUCCUGAUGCUAAAGCUCUGCUGGAGGAGAAGGGACGACAGAUUCUGAUGAAGGAUGGCCUGCUGGAUCUGGAGGUGGCAGCCCAGGGCCCAGACCCCAAAGAGAUGGAGGAGAAGGUGGACAAGAUGACGAGCAACCUGGACAUGCUGCAGACCCAGUACGCCCGGCUGCUGGCAGAACACGAUGCGACUCACAGCAAACUCAAACACAGAGUCACCCGACUGGAGAAGAAGCUGGCGCCGCCACAGGAGGAUGCACCUGGUGAUGCUCCGCCCCCUCCCACACCUGAGACCACCAAAGAAGAAGAGAAGAAAUAAGAAGAUGGUGGAGGACAGAAGAAUUUGAGUUUUAGUUUGAGGAUAAAAGGACUUGAAGGAGACGAGAAAUUAGAUAAAUCCAUAAACUCAACAAGAUUCAAAUUAAAGUUAAUAAAUAUGUAAUUAUGGAUCCUUA